CUCCCUCCUCCUCCUUUCUUCUUCUCCUUUCUUCUUCCUUUGUCUCUCUCCUUAUUUUUCCUUCCUUGCUCUCUUCCCAUCUUCCAUUCUUCUUUUUCUUUGUCUUCCCUCUUUCCCUCUUUCCCCCUCCUUCCAUGCUCAAAUGCAACAGGGGAAACGUUUAUCCUUUUGUUUUUCGUUUGUUUUGCUCACCUUCGGCCAGCAAAAGCGAAGCCCGGAGGGGUGGGGGUGUGUGCAAACCCACCAAGCUCUGUUUUGGCAAGCAGAGGCACCGUGGGCCAUUCCUUUGCUGUUUCCAGGGCGACCACUGCAGGCCAGAUCUAAGCACGCUGUGGCCUGGAUGCGGCCCGCGGGCCCUGAGUUUGACACCCCUGAUCUAGUCCAACCCCGCCUGCCCAAGCAGGAGACCCUCCACCAGUGAUGGCUAACCUUUUUGCCAUUGCGUGCCAAAAGUGGGGGUCGCAUGAGGAGGUCGCACGUGCCCACACCCAAAAUUCUAUUAUGUCACCCCCCGCGUUCCCCCCGCUUUUAGCAUGUGAUGGCAUGGUAGGCCCAGUAGGCCUGUUUUUUGCUCUCCCCAGGCUCCAGAGCCUCUCUAGGAGCCUGGGGAGGGCAAAUACAGCCUUCCCACCCCCUGGAGGCCCUACAGAGGCCAGAAACGGCCCGUUUGCUGACUUCCAAUGGGACCAGAAGGCCCAAAAAUCAGUUGGCCAGCACACGCAUGAUGAGCUUGCAUGCCCACCGAUAUGGCUCUGCAUGCUACUUGUGGCACGCAUGCCAUAGGUUUGCCAUCACGGCCCUACACCAUUUCUGACAGAUGGCAGUCCAGUCUCUUCUUGAAAGCCUCCAGUGACGAAGCUCCGACAACUUCUGAAGGGCAACUUCUGUUCCACGGCUGGGUUGCUCUCACUGUCAGACGUCCAGAGGGCCAGGCUUGGCAUGGAACCCAGGCUGCCUUGGCACACAAAUGGAAUAUAUUUUGGGAAGCCUUAACACACCGGCAGAUGAUCUAAUUGUGGCUGCCAAAAAAAAAAAAAAGCUAUUUAUAGGGGUUGUGUCAGGGGCAAAGAGAGGCUUCACUCGGCCACUGCUUGCCGGAGGCGGCCGUUCCUCCAGGAGGGUCAUGGCACGCUGCCCCUCCUUCUCCGGCCCUUCCAGGAAGGUCUUCCAGGAGCUGCGGGAGGAGCCAAGGCCUGGCAGGAGGGAGGGCUCUGAGAUGGCCAGGACCCUGCAGAACAGGAGGGUGCAUGAGGAUCCCCUGGAGUGCCGGGAUCCUGUGGUGCAGAAUGCCCUCUACACGGGGGACCUGGCUGAGGUGCAGCGGCACUUCACCAAAUGGUCCACGGUCAACCUGCUCAUCCAUGCCGAGGGUCAGGAUCUGCGCUGGACCAGUCAGAAAUGGGGGCUGUGGUCUCUGACCUACGAGCAGGAGCUCACCACGCCGUUGCAUAUCACGGCCAGCCGCGGCUACCUGGACUGCUUGCGCCACCUGCUGCUGCGCGGAGCCGAGGUGGAUCUGGCGCCCGGUGGACAGACCGCCCUGCACGCGGCUUGCGCGGCGGCUACCGCCGACUGCGUCCGGCUCCUGCUCUCUUUCGGCGCUGACCCCCGGGCCAUCUCUGAAAGCGGAUUUCAGCCGCUCCACCUCUGCCGGAACCCCGGCUCGAGCGAGUGCGCCCGCCUUCUGCUGAGCCACGGGGCGGUGGUGAAUUGCGCGUCCGAGGAGGAAGAGGACACCCCGCUGCACGUGGCGGCUCGGCUGGGCUUGGUGGAGCACGUGCACCUUUUCCUGAGCCACGGGGCCGCCCUGGAGGCCAAGAACGCCGAGGGGGAAACCCCGCUGAUCGCCGCCUGCGGCCUGGCGCACUCCGCCCAGGCGGCGGACGCUUACUACGAGGUGUGCCGGCUGCUAGUGGAGGCCGGCGCCCGGGUAAACGCCGCUGACCGCGACCGCCAGCGUCCGCUGCACCAGGCCUGCAAGAACGCCAACCCACGCGUGGUGGCGCUGCUCCUGGCCCACGGCGCCAACGUCAACAUCAUGAGCUACAGCGGCAACACGGCGCUCCACAACGCCCUGCAGGUGGCGGCCUACCGCCUGGAGCACCGGCCGGAGUUGGUGGUGCGCCACCUGCUCAACCACGGCGCCGUCCGCGUCUGGCCGGGGGCGCUGCUCAAGGUGCUGCGCCACUGCUGCGGUUCCCCUCGCACGGUGGAGACCCUGCUCAACUGCUACGUCCGAGUGCCCGUCACCGAGGCCUGGCAGCAGGUUGUCCCAGAAGAGUUGGUGCAGCAGCACCCGCGGUUCUUCCGGUCCCUCUUCGCCCUCGGCCAGGGACCUCGCAGCCUGCAACACCUGGCCAGGUGCGCUCUUCGCAGCUGCUUGGAAGGCCGCCUCCUCCAGGCCCUGCCCCACCUGCAACUGCCCCCCGCCUUGCAUCACUUCGUGCUGCUUCGCUUCGAGGACAUCCUUUACUAGCCCUUCUCAGCCCCCACUCCGGGGGUGGUAGUUGGGAAUCCCAGCCGAGGGAAGCGCCCGCACCUUCGCCCUUCAGCCUAGGCCGGACAGGUAUGGCGGGCCCCCCACUUCCACAGAGAACCCGGUGCGCCUGGACCACUCCGGCCGAUCCGAACGGCGCGGGGGGGGGGGAGGGAGGCGGCGGUGAAGGAGGAUCGCCCUCCCGGCGGGAACCUCCCUGAGGCGAGCCUGAAGAAAGAUCCAGCGAUCUGCCAGAGAUUCCAUAAAACAAAAAGAGGCCGUGGAUGCGCAUGGGUGCCGCGCCUCGCUUCCUCGGAGCUGGGAGCGGAAAGACUCAAGGUGCCUCCCUUGCCAGCUUUACGGGCACGGCUCCGGCACGGCUGAGCAGACCAAGCCAGGUAGAAGCUCCAGACGCCUGGACGCACCGAUCCCGGACUAGCCUCCUUGCCAGCCCCUGGACCCAUUCAGGCUGCCUCCCUGACGGAGCACUGGUUCCCCAGAGUGACAGAGCCCUCACCCCAAAUCCCCAAGGCAGGUGAAAGCAAACCAGCAGAGGCUCUGUCCCGCAGGCGCGGAGAAACCCCCUUCUCAUCCGUCCGUCCCCCCCCCUUUUCCUCUCUUCUCCCCCCCCCCCCCCACCCAGCCUUUCUCUCGCGUGUGGAGAGAUCCCUGCUUUUUUUGUAGAUUGCCCGGGUGUGUAAUAAAGAGGCUGCCUUUC